CAAAAGCUUGGCCGCUCAAGUAUAGGCUGUUCGCGAUUCUCUCCGUCAGUGAUUUGUUAGCGUUUGUUUGGCGCAACCCGUAGGAGAGUGGACGUCGUGUAGUAGCGAGGUCUUGUGUAUGUAGUAGUGCCCUCUCCGUACUCACGCAGCUCGGUGGUGUUAGGUAUUCCGAACAGACUGAUUGGCAUUCCUAAUCCUCAGGGCUAGAGUGAUCACCUCGUGCUAAAAUCCUGCCGUAACCUUGGUGCGCUCCAGGACUGACCCGGCACACCACCUCGCAGACGAGUGUCUUCACAAGUCGGCACGACUCGCAGGGCAUUGCACCUGGCAACAGCUAGCUAGCUAACCCAACAUUUCCCUCUGCACAUACACACAGGAAGCUUGCUGAGGGCCUGCCGAGGGAAACACAGCCAGGCCGUCAUGACGCCGCGGAUUUCCGUGUGAGGGAAGAUGGCAGCAGUACUCGGGACCCAGGAACACGGCUUGUACGAUAGCGGAGACGAGUGGGAAGUCGGGGUCGGCGACCUCAUCAUCGAUUUGGACGCAGAUUUAGAGAAGGACCGGCGUAGAGCAGAGGAAGAGAAAAUUAUGGUCGCUCCUUCACUGCAGAAGGAGUCAAAGACUGGAGCUGCCGGAAAGGACCUGAAAAUGAAAGUCAAACGCAGCAAGGGGGUGAAUGGAGCGAAGACUUCCUAUAGUAUUUCAGAUCUGAACGUAGGGAAGAAAGAUGGCGACUCUCAGUACGAUUUUGACGGAGAGAGCAGCCCCGGUGUUGUACCUACGGCGGCGGGGAAGGCUGGCAAGGCCGCUUCUGGUCAGGACAAGCCAGGCAAGGCGCGGGGAGGCAGCGGUGGGAAGGGAGGACGGAAUAACGAAAAAGCCAAUAAAGAUGGCGGGAAUCCAUCAAAAGAGGCUUUGAGCCAACAUGACGAGUCGACUGGGACGAACAUCAAUAGUCAAAGUUCCCAUGGUAACGAGGAUGGACAAAAAUGCACCAGUUCAGGCAAGAGCGCCAAACGAGAAGAGAAAGCAGCGACCAAAAGUAAAAGUUCCCCUAAAAAAGACAAGGACAAAUCAAAGGACUCCAGCCACGGCGGAAAGGCUUCGAAAGGAAGCAAGAAAGCCAGCAAAGCAGAAAAGGCUGACAAGGGCCAGUCUGGCGCAGAGAAGACAAAGCAGGCCAAUACGCCACUGAUGCCCCCACCACCUCCGCCGCCUCCCCCGACCCCCUCUCCCAUCUCCGCUCAGUCCUCCGCCUUCAUCCCCUCCGUGGUGCCCCCGGCCACGCCGCCGUCCGUGCGCCAUGUCGGCACCAACACCACAGAGAUCGGGGUGGUUACGGAACCUGAGUGUCUGGGUCCAUGUGAGCCGGGAACCAGCGUGAACCUGGAGGGCAUCGUGUGGCAUGAGACCGACGGAGGUGUUCUGGUGGUGAACGUUACCUGGCGCAACAAGACGUACGUGGGAACCCUGCUGGACUGUAGCAAACAUGACUGGGCUCCACCCAGGUUUAGCGAGUCUCCGACCAGUGAUAUGGAAACCAAACCGCCGCCGCCUCCUCCCGCCAAGGCUAGCCGGGGGAAGCGUGCCCGGAACAACAACGCGUCCGGCGAGGACAUGAGCAACUUCACCGAGACGCGCUCCUCCAUUCACAGCAAGCUGCGUAACAACAACGGGAACGGCAGCAACGGCACGGGGAAGACUGGGCGGAAGGGGAACAACAAAACCCCCACAAGGGACGACGAUGGGAAGCCUGACACACCGCCGGGGACAAAACGUAAGGCAAAGUCGUCUACAGACGGCGAAUCCGUGUCAAGCACGGACGAAGUCAAGCCUGCAAAGCGAAUGAGGGCAAAUUCGCGAAGUACCCCCACCCCACAAGGCGAGGGGCCUGCACCUGCCCUGAUAGAGUGUCCUCACGUGAACUGUAACAAAAAGUACAAACACAUCAACGGCUUGAGAUAUCAUCAAGCGCACGCUCAUCUGGAAGACACAAAGGCGGCACCUGAAAACCGCAAAGAGAACACAACAACUGCCACGGCUCCAUCCGCUCUGAGCUCUUUGAUUAAAGAAGAGAAACUCUUGCAGCAGUGUAUGGUAGCCAUUCCAGAUAAACUCAGAGAACUGGCCGACAGAGAGCGGCAGAACCUAGGGUCGGCUGAUCUGGCGAAGAGGGAAGACGAGAUGCCCAACAAAGUCUUGGACAGUUUAGAAAAGCUCGAUAGCCUAAAGAGGAAAGAGCAAGAUAACAUACAGCUGAAGGAAUCGGAGAGCUUGUUGAAGAUCAAGGCUGAAGCAGCCAGUGAGUACGACUUUCCAGGAGUUAGUUUUCCUACUGAGAAGCCAACAGCUAAAACUGCUGCUUCCUCGGGGAAGGGGAAAUUUGACUUCUUUGCCAGAGGAAGAGGUCCUCGCAGCCAGGGCAGAAGUAACUCCGGUGGACAGGAUGGGCGGGAGAAGUCCAAGAUGGACCAGCAUCACGGCGUGCAAAACGGCUUUCAGCACGGAGUAGACGCGUUAUCGUUUAUCGGAGCGCAUUCUGCUCGCCCCGGAGCGAUUCUCAAUAGACAUUCGGAUCCAAGAGGGAUUCCAAGUGCGAAUUUAAAUUCUAUGGACGGGAAAGAUGCCUCCAGCGUGGGGUCACCAACUGCACCCCCAAAUGUCAACGUGUUUCAGCUUCCCCAGCAGCAGCAACUCAUGGCACAGCAAACGUCCGUGAUUCAGAGCACCACAGCUCACGCGGAAAGAGAUGUUACCGGGUUUGCGGAGAAAUCCAAGAUAGGAAGCGACAAAGAAAAAUCAAAGAAAUCGCCUGGUAGCGGGGGGUCGUCUAAGAACGAGAGAACCACCGGGAAGAGUAAAGCGGCGAGGCCUAUCGCUCCUGCGCCAGCCGUCCCACACCUGAUAGCGAUCCCAUCAUUCUCCUCUUCAAACGUGGCCGCUUCUGGGAUACAAGCCAUCUCCACAACACCCAAAACACCUUCCACGGCGCUGAAACCUAUCCAGCCCAAACCAACAAUCAUGGGAGAACCACCGCCUCAAACCAUAUCUGUUCCCAGCUUUAAGGAGAAGAAACACAAGCAGAAAAAACGAAGUAAGGAUAAGAAUAAAGACAAGGAGAAAGACAGAGUUUCAAAGGAGUUAAAGAGCAAAGAGGACACGAAAGGACCAAAAGCAAGUGAUGUUCCCUGUAAUUUAUCAAUAGAGCACGCCGAGGAAAAGUCGUCUAUUAAAAGUAGUCAUAACAUCGCUCCCCAAAAGGUGGACAAAUUUGGUCUCCCCCUGUCGAACUCUCCAAACGGCCACACCACGUUAACUGACGUCAUAAGUUCCGUUUUGUUACGUGAUGCUCAAGGCAGUAACAUCCCCUCCACUGUAAGGACGUUUGACAAUAAUAAGUUCUCUUAUUCAUCUAGCGGCGCAACGCCCAAUCAGACGCCGCUUGUACAACAACUUGAGGCAUCGCGGUCAGAAAGUGGCAGUCCUGCCUACUCGGACAUAUCUGAUGAGGGAAAUGAUCCAAACAAAUCCGGUGGGAGAUCGAGGAGCUCUCGUCGAGUAGAAGAUAGGGAGCCUGCCAAUCAAACAUCCAUCAAGACCGACGAUGAUGGUGAAAUGUCUUCAGGUUUUCAGUCUCAUUACGCCUCCAUCAGAGCAUCUCAUACGGCAACAAGUGCCACUGCCUCCUUACACAAUCCGCUUAAAAGAGAAUCCGAUGGUAGUACCGAUACAGACAUGCAUUCAAGAACACAAGAGCCAGACCACAAAAAAUCACGACCGAGUUCAGCGUCCUCCCGAGAGUCCACAACACCACCUGAUAAGCAGGAGAAGCUACGGCAGUCUCCUCAGCAGCAGCAGCGACAAUCACAGCAUCCGGGCUAUGCACAGUAUCCUCAUUAUCAGUACCUCGCCUACCACGGGUACCGCAUCGAUCCGGCCUAUCAUAAUUACCUGACGGCUGCCGACCCGCAGUACAGGCAACAAUAUGAAAAACUCAUGGAAGAACAACAAUCAAGAUUCAGGUCUGACCAAGACCGGAAGGUAAAAGAUAACGGGAAAGAGAACUCGGAAGGGUCGAAGGGUAGUUCUGACUUCCGUGGUGAAGAGAAGGGUGUGGAGGGGAAGGACUCUGACCAAAUGGACGCCUCCAAUCCGCCUCAACUCGAGCCCAUUAAAGACACCAGAGCCAAGGAGGACUCAAAAGAUGGAGAAUCUUCCCCGGCUAGCAGCUCUUCUUCUUAUCCCUCCCAGCCGCCCCCGCUGAAACGGGCUGAUGACACGGACAAUCUGAAAGCCAAGCAGAGUGAGAAUCACCAGAUCAUGAGAGAGAGCAUUGCGUUAAAGGCACAACUAGAGUCAGGCCCACGUAGGACGCCAUCUUCAUCCUCAUCAUCAUCAUCAUCACAAGCAGCGAUGGGCUUCGAUCCCAGGAUCCUGUACGCUCAGCAGCAGGAGGAGAUGCGGCAGUACUACCUGUACCAGCAGCGGGUGGCCGAACAGCACAAAAUGGAGGACGAGCGGCGGCGGCAGAUCAAAGCUGAACACUCACAGAACAGACUCGAUCCACAGCCGCGGCAGAAUCACAGUCCACGGACCGACCAGAAGCAGCGGCAUUCUGACGGCGGAGGCAGUCGCAAAGAGACGGAGAAACAACAUUCCGCUAAACUGAAGGAACCCAGUUCGGGACAGAGUAGCAGAUCAUCAACGCCGAACAAGAAAAGUCCCGGGUUAUUGUCCAAGGAAGAUUCAAAGGAAUCUGAGCAGUCGGCCAAACAUCUUGAACGUCGUCUGAAGGAAGGUCGGGAUUCGAAUGACAGGAAAAGCCAAGAUGGUAGAAGAGACAGUUCGUCCUCUUCACGCCAAGUUCCUUACCCAUACAUGUCGCAGUAUUCCUACGUGCACCCAUAUGCUGCUAUGCACCUGGACCCGGCCUACAGAGGAAUGUACCCCAUAGGCUAUGCAGGUGCUCCGUAUGUCCAUCCACAGUUCCGGUACCAAGGAGACCCGGCAGGUUCACCACAACAAGUCCUCGGCUCGUCAUACAAAGGUCAGUCUGCCGCCGCGCACGACCGGCCUCCCACCAUGUCCCCUGCCCCAGGGAAGGGCACAGACUCGCCUGACAAACAGGCCCCACCGAAGAAGACGCACACCAUUUCACACUACCCCCAGCAGCCUUCCCCCAGAAAGGAGAAGGAAGAGCCUGCCGCCAAGCAGAAGUCGCCUCCGUCACCGGCACCGAAGGAAAGUUCCACGGAGAAACCCGCAGCUGAGUCCGGGGAGAAAGCCGACCGUAAGGGGACCACUCCUCAGCAUCACGUGCACACCCACCACCACACACACAUCGGCGUGGGCUUCCCUGUUGUUGGACAAUAUGACCCUUAUAAUGCAGCGGUUCUUUCUGGUCAGCAAUCGCCAGGCGUGGUUCAUUCCCCGAUUGCAUCCUUUACACCACGCCGAGAGUAGAGCGUGAGGAGAGUUCAACAUCACCCCGGUACCUUCAGCCUCAGAAGCAGUGGAGACACAUCGGAAUGCAGAUCACAUUGCAAGCACCAUUUGAUAACAUCGACUCCAGUCUCUGUAUGCAUGACCUGACCGCACUGCAUGGAAGAUGCUCUUAUUUCUCGCCACACCGCUCGACCAUGUGUGGAGAGAAUUCAGAAUCGCUGGCCACGGAGGGAGUCAAGUAGCUAGUAUAAGGCGACUAAAAGCAGCGAUAGAAAAAGUAAACUCCGCGCUAUAAGCAAUGAUGUGAAAACCCCUGCGACGUGUGAUAACCUUGGCUGCCUCGCCAAGGACGCGGUUGGCUCCAGUAUAUAUCCAGCCGAACACUUGUCGCUGAUGUUGUCAACCUAAAUGUCACAGAUUAUACAGCUUUAUCCACCUCUGCUCUGGUGACACUUUUCUGUCUCUCGGCAGUAAAUAUUCAUUUAUUGUGUCAGCAUAAUUAGACAGUUGAGUGGAAAUGUAAAAUGUAAUGGGUAUUGAGUCCAUAUAGUGCCAUGUGACGUUUUAUUACAACUCAGUUUUACGGUCAUGCAGCAUUUUGGUUUCAGUCUAAAAUGCUUACCACGAUGUAAAUGAGAACGUUGCUGUUCGAUUAAUCAGAUUUACGACGGAUGCCUACCCGUAGUGAUGUAUAUGAAUACUCAGAACUGUGUACGAAACAAGUCGGAAGAAGUAGCACAAGAGAACAUAGCGAAGACUACAUACCUGUUAGAAAUGCCCUGUAAAUUAUCAAACUCUAAUGUGCAUGUUUGUGCUGUGUUGCUUGAAAGGGUAUUGGCUGACUGCUGUGCAGUUAGGUUCCGUCUUGUUUAUGUAUGUAUGUACGUAUGUAUGUAUGUAUGUAUGUAUGUAAAUAUUCGCAGAUGUUACUUGCGUCAUCACCUACCGCUCAGACUGCAGUGAAUGUAGAAGUGAUCGCUACCUGUGGCGCUACUAUAUGACAAACCUGCCGAAACCCUCGCACUCCCGUCCAAUAUGUCCGUGGCGUUUGUUGGCAGCAAAAUUAGAAACAUUGUCUCCUUGUAGAAGCAAUGUAUCAUAGGAGUUGCAUUGGAGUGUUGCAUGGAGGUUCGACAUAAUAAAUUAGUUUUAUGUAACAUC